CACACACACUCACGCAACACGCCCUCUCUCUGCCACAAAAAAGGCUCUCCUCAGAGUAACUGUUCUGAUAAGAGUGGCUGGUAAUGCGCCCUGGACUCUGAGUGCCAGAGGCAAAGCCAGUGAAAACUUUUCGUGCCAUAUAACUACCGCUGCCUGCCUGCGUCUCCAUCUAUACUCCUCCUCCUCUGCUGGAGUUCUCCAUGCGUACCUAUCGCAGGUCGGGCAUCCUCUUCACACGCACCUCCUAAGAAGCCACAGCAGGUGUUUGAGUCUUCCUUUCGUGCAGUAUAUACACACCAGAGCUCCAAGCUCAGCUGAAACAUAUCGCCCGCGUCCGUCACAAAACUCUUUCAGGGCAACUCCUGUUAUCAGUGGUUAAGGAGAGUGAGACAGACAGGUGUAUCGUAGUAAGGUGGCAUGCGUCUUCUUUGGGAGGUCUCAGGCACAGCUCUCAGGUUCUAAGCCGAGUCCAACUCCUUUAUCUUUGCCGUCUGACCAGCCAAGCCAACAGAUCGUCCGUCGACCAUCAUCAGCAGCAGUACCACAGGAGUGCGAGGACAGGAGUCUUCACCUGUAUCUCAGAUCAGAGACCACAGAGCCUUGAACAUGGGUAGUCCAGCCCAUGACCUGUCCAGCAGCAGCAGCAGCAGCAGCAGUGGUCUGCACCUGCCGUACGACCUCGCCGACCCCUGGUCCAGCUCCAGCAGCAUCGGUGCCGUGGUGGAGCUGGAGGACACCAAGCCGCCCCGCGGCCUUCCCAGCAUGCCCGGCGUCUACCUGUCCUGCCUGGACAUGUUGCUGACCGAGGACGCCGCCUGGCUCCUCAAGCGCUCCUCCUCCACCUCCUCCUCGUCUGAGGCCAGCAAUCCCCUCGUGGCGUACGUGCCACACAGCCAUCACCACCACCACUCCCACCACCAUCAUCACAGUGUCCAUGUCAACAGUCAUCACCAUGACCACCACCAUCAUCACCACCACCAUCAGCAUCAUCAGCACCACCAGGAUGUGGACCGCAAGCCCCUGCUGUGCCACAGCAAGGAGGAGCCCGAGCAGUGCCCCGUGAUCGACAGCCAGGGCCUGGGUGGCGGAGGAGGAGGGGGUGGAGGCGGAGGUCUGUCCCCAGAGAUAGAGGACCAAGGCCAGGGGGAGGUGGAGGAGAGGUGCCUGGAGCAGGUGCACUGCCUGGUGGUGGGAGAAGUGCUCAAGGACAUCGAGAUGGCCUGCAAGCUGCUCAACAUCACGCCAGACCCCAUGGAGUGGAGCUCAGGUAACGUGCAGAAGUGGCUCCUGUGGACGGAGCACCUGUACCGGCUGCCCCAGGUGGGCCGGGCCUUCACCGAGCUGACAGGGAAGGACCUGUGCCUCAUGACAGAGGACGACUUCAAGCAGCGAUCGCCACAGUGCGGAGAUGUGCUGCACGCACACCUGGACAUCUGGAAAUCAGCUGCUUGGAUGAAAGAACGCUCCCCUGGGGACACUCUGAUUGGAACAGAGGAGCUGUGUUCGGAGGCGGACUCCUGUUGCUCGGGGCAACCCAUCCACCUGUGGCAGUUCCUUCGCGAGCUCCUGCUCAAGCCUCACACAUACAGCCGCUGCAUACGCUGGCUCAACAAGGACAAGGGCAUCUUCAAAAUAGAGGAUUCGGCACACGUGGCCAAGCUGUGGGGCAUCCGCAAGAACCGACCCGCCAUGAACUAUGACAAGCUGAGCCGCUCCAUCCGGCAGUACUACAAGAAGGGCAUCAUCAAGAAACCAGACGUAUCGCAGAGACUAGUCUAUCAGUUUGUCCACCCUGUGUGAUCGACGGAGGAAUGCAAAGAUGGAUACAUGGAUGGAUGGAUGGAUGGAUGAAGUGUUCACUCAUUCAGUCACUGAAUCCUUACUGUGAACUGUGUCGACAAAGCAAUGUCUUUGUUUUUUUUCUUGUGGUGGUUUGAAACGUGUAGGCUACAUGAUGUGUCACGUUUUCACUGUUGUUACAGUACAUCUUCAUCAUUAAGGAAGCUUGUAUAUGACAAGGGUCCAAGUAUCGUUCUACACUGCACUGGGAUACUUUGGUAAAGACGUCACGAAGACCAGUUACAGUAUGUUCUGUUGGGAUACUUUGCUGGCUGGUGUACCCAAAACACAGAGGUCUUUGUACCUCUAGGCUACUGUUGUUCCCUAAAAAGUUUAAGGCCGUCAGCCCUUUACUGGGGUGCCUUGGUAACAGUAACAGUAACAGUAACAGUUUACCUGAACUGAGUGAAAAAGGUAGGCUAUAUAUUAUUCUACUGUCACUUCAGUGUCUGUUGUUUAGUGACAGUUUUAUCCUAAAAUCUUAAAGGUCUGCAAUCCUCCUAUCACGGCACUUUAGUAACAUUUGUAAAUGUCAAGCCCAACAAAGUCCUUUUUGAUUUCUCCAGUGUCUAUUGUAAAUAUUAUUGUGGGUAUUUCAAUGACCAUAUGGGUGGAGCUGUACAACAUGUGGGUACUUUUACUGAUUAAUGUUAAUAUUGGACCCUACUAUGCCCUGUAGGGGUACUUUAGUCACUAUAGCAAAUAUAAAGGCCUAUAACCUGCUACUGGGGUGCCUUACGGUGAUACUGUACCAUUUUUAGAAAUAAGCUCAUAUUACACCUCAUAUUACGCCUCAUAUUUACCUUUCUCCUGUACUUCCCGACACUCUCUGAGUACAGCAUUGCACAUUUUA